AUGUCCACCACCGCUUUUGAGCCUCUGCGCGCCGCGGAAGAGCCGUUGCGCGAUCCUGCCGCAGCAGCCGAGCCGUGCCACCCUUUCGCGGCGCCCACCGUCGAACGCGAGAUGGGCGCGCAAUGCCGUGUGCCAACUGCGGAAGAGUGCAGCGACGGAAAGUCUCCCGCGGAGGCGCAGUCCGAUGUGGGCGGAAGAAGCCCGGGAAGGGCGGCGUCCGCGGAGAGCGGGGAAAGCGCAGACGAGCUGCUGCUUCUGGAUUGGAUAAUCGACGGCUCUUGCUCCACUGACGACUUGAUGCUUCGUCGCACUGCGACUGAUGACAGUCGCAUCGCCGGCGCGACCGACAGCUUCGCGUCGCCUUCUGCCGGUAUUCGCGGAACCUUAUCGCAUUCGCCGCUGCGAGCCUCGGCUAGCGACAGAAACCUCGGCGGCCUUUGCGGCGACUCGAGAAACGGCAAGCGAGAGUUUCGCCGAAGCUGCUCGAUGGAGGACAUUAACAGCGGCGGCGCAAGUGGCGGCGGAGGUCGCGGGGGUAAACCCGGUAACCGGAUUCUUGUGGAAUCAUCGCCGUCGUCUGUCCUGACGGGCGGUCCGUCAUCGCCGGCUACGUCAGUCGAUAGCUGUGCGAGUGAUCUCACUUCGCCUAUAAGCAGCCCCGUUAUAAUGGAGAGGAUUAGCAUGGCGAAGCCGAGGACGUUGCACCUUCCGCCGCUUCCGCCGAAGGCGCCCGUGCUGUCUGACAGUACUUGGCGGCCGGUACCCGCUAUAAGCGUCCCCGCGAGCUGCGCGCCGCCCACGGCUCAAAUUCAGCCGUCGCAUCAUAUCAGGUCAUUCGGAGCGCCUCAACACGCGGUUCCGUCCGCGUUUUCGCUGCGGCUGCAGCAACAGCAGCGCGAAUCGCAACAAGAGCAGGUGGCGCAAGCGGCGGCGGCGAAGCAGCAUCCGCUGCUGGCCUUGGACGAGCAGCGGCGGAAGCACCGCGCGUGGAUGUCGCUAUUCUCCCCCUCUCUCGCGCAAACCCUUCCCCCGCUCGCGCCAUCCGAAAACGGCGCGGAGCUCAAAAGACUCGCGGAGCUUCGGGCGCAAGCUCCGAGCGCAGCAUACGCGGAAGCAGAAGCAGAACAGCGCGCGGAAGGUGAUUGCGCGCGUGAAAUCAACGCAGCUGCGGAAGUUGCAGUCUCGGCGUUCCGCGCAGAAUUCCCACCUUUCUCAAUUCCCGCGGCCAAUGAUGGGCAGCCAGGAGUUACCAGCAGCUGGGUCGCGAAUGAAAAUUCGUCUGACGAACUCGCGGGCGAUGUCACUCAGGCGAUUCGCCAGGGACUGGGAUCUGUGAAACUAGGCUCUGCAGCGGGCAGCAGCAGCGGGCAGCAACAAAACUUCAGCCGUUCAUUUUCGUACGAUGUCAUCAGCCAAGCAGGCGGCUUGCCAAACUGUACGUCUGGCAUCCGCCGAACCUCCAGUGACGUUGGCGAGGCACCAGCAGACCCCCGCAAUGUGCAUAUAACGAGGUCUGGAACGUGUGGUAACGGAUCUGUGAUUUUGACGAAGCCAUCCAAUCUGAGGAGGGGUGGCAUGGCAAAGCAGGUGCAGGGACAGAAGAAGGUGAGAUGGGGGGCAAACGAGGUGUUUGAAAUCCCUGCCCGCUGCUCCAGUAUUGACUUCUGA